CUUCGUCCUCCCUCUCCUCGGCGUUUCCCAGCCUCUCCGCGGCCAUCACUCUCUGGUUUCUUCGAGCUGUUCAGCAACUCUGGUUUCUUCGAGCUCCUUUGCUGGAUCGAAACCCUAGCUCGCUCUUCAGACACAUCUACGCAUGAUCCUCCGAUAUAUCCCUUCCCUUUUCGAUCCCCAGACGGCUCUUCUCCCCCUCAACCGCCUCUCGCCUCUUCGACGGAACCCUCGGGUCCGAGAGGCGCUCCUUCAGACUCGGCGACGGAGGCGGCGGCGGUCCAAGCUCAGCGUCCGCUCCGCGCUCGAUGACCUCGUUCGCAACCUCGUCUCCGCCUUCCCCUCCCCGGCCUCCCUUGACCUCCUCCUCACUCCUGCGAUCGGCUUGGCCGCCGGUGCUGCUCUGUACCUCUCUUCACUGCAGAAGGGAACAACUGAUGUCGAUACCGUGGUCGGAGAGUGGGUCAUCUUCACGAGCCCGACGCCGUUCAAUAGGAGCGUCCUCCUCCGGUGCCCCUCAGUAUCGUUCGAGGAUGGCGGCGAGCUCUUGGGUGAUGGUGUUAACGAGAAGCUCCUCACGGAGGAGCGCCACUACAUGAAUCUGGACCGUGGGAGGAUGACUGUUGCGAGAAAGAAGGGGGAAGAGGGACCAGAGAAGAAGAUGCAGUACCAGAGGGUCUGUGUGGCGACCGACGAUGGAGGAGUGAUCUCACUGGAUUGGCCAGUAAAUUUGGAGUUAGGGAUGGAGCAUGGACUGGACACGACAGUGCUAAUUAUACCAGGGACAACUGAAGGGAGUAUGGAUAGAAACGUGAGAGCUUUUGUGUUUGAUGUCCUCCAACAUGGCUGCUUUCCAAUUGUUAUGAAUCCAAGGGGCUGUGCCAGUUCGCCAGUGACAACACCAAGGUUAUUUACAGCUGCUGACAGUGAUGAUGUCUCCACAGCUGUCCGAUUUGUCAGCAUGGCAAGACCCUGGACAACAGUGAUGAGUGUCGGCUGGGGUUAUGGUGCAAAUAUGCUUACAAAAUAUCUUUCUGAAGUAGGAGAGUCAACUGUCCUAACAGCUGCUGUUUGCAUAGAUAACCCAUUUGACUUAACUGAAGUUACAAGGUCAUUCCCUCAUCAUGUUUCUUUGGACCAAAAGAUUAGAAGUGGAUUAAUAGAUAUUCUACGAGCUAACAAGGAACUCUUUCAAGGCAAAGCUAAAGGUUUUGAUGUUGGAAGAGCUUUAUCAGCAAAAUCUGUUCGUGAAUUUGAUGGAGCUAUAUCAAUGGUUUCUCAUGGGUAUCAUACAAUUGAGGACUUCUAUUCAAAGAUCAGCACAAGGAAGUUAAUUGGCAAUCUUAAGAUCCCUGUGCUUUUUGUACAGAGUGAUGAUGGGACCGUACCAACUUUCUCUAUUCCACGUGGUUCGAUAGCAGAAAAUCCAUUUACAAGCCUGCUUCUUUCUUAUUACUUGCCAUCAACUGGUAUCACAACAAAGAAUUCUGCUAUUCUUUGGUGCCAACGUCUUGCUAUUGAGUGGAUAUCAGCAGUGGAAUUUGCACUUUUGAAAGGCCGUCAUCCUCUUUUAAAAGAUGUUGAUGUCGCCAUCAAUCCUUCAAAAGGUUUGGCAUUUAUUGAUGACAGAACACCAGAGAAGAGUAUCUCAAGUGGUGUGAAAGGGAGUCAUAAUUCCUCUGGAAUGUAUAUAAGCCAUAAGAGUGCAGAUAGGCAAACUUAUGGGAAGCUUUCCCAACCAAGUCCUGUAAAUGGAUUUCUCAAUGAUUCUGUUGAUAUUGCACUUAAACAAAAUUAUGCUGCAGUUCAAGGUGAAGCUGAUGAUAACUUGGAUGCAAGAAGCAAGUUACAGCAAAUAAAGAGCGCAGAUAAUGAGGGAACAAAAAAUAGCAGAAGUAUUAUGGAUUUCAAGAAUGAAAGUGCAGCUAAUGCCAUAAAUGAAGGAGAUGAUGAUGGAAACAAGGUUUUACAGACUGCAGCAGUUGUCAUGAAUAUGCUUGAUAUUACUAUGCCCAGCGCGCUUGAUGAUGAACAAAAGAAGAAGGUUCUUUCCGCUGUUGGACGAGGAGAAAAUCUCUUGAGAGCUCUUCAAGGAGCUGUGCCAGAAGAUGUACGUGGAAAGCUGACAAGUGCUGUAACUGAAAUUUUGCAAACUCAGGGUACAAAAUUGAAUCUUGAAGGGCUCAAUAGAAUUGAUUGGAUACCUAAUGUUACAUCAAAAGUGAAGUCAAGGAUCCAGGAUUCAAUACAAGAAAUUUCGAUAGUUAAUAGAGGAGAUAAUGAGAGCAAUUCAGGUGUUGACCAUGAGGAGAAAGUGCAAAGUGAUACAGCAGAGUUCAAUUCAGCCAGAAACCGUAUGCCAGAAAGCAUUAAAACCUCAGAACAGAGAACCUCUCAAUCUCCCGGAAUGCUUGAAGCUGGAUAUGAACCAAGCCAAGAUAUUAAUUUGGAAAGGUCAGGUUAUAUGGUAGAUGAAACUGCUGCUGAGCAGCAGAAGAUUAGUCAAAACCAAGGAAUAUCUGAUAGGCACAAUGAAGAUGAUAAAGAUCUGAAUAAUCCAUGUCAAGUCCAUAAUGGUGAAGGGAAAAAAUCAUCUCACACCGAGGAGCAACUUGUCUCAAUUUCGGUAUCUAAUACUGAAGAAGAGUCACUUUCAUCAGGCAUGUCAGCAUCAGAUCACCAGAUUAUGCCACAAGAAUCCAAUGAACUACAGAAGAAUGAAGACAAAAGUCCUCAAGAUUUGCGUCAAAAUUUACAUAAUUCUACAAAACUGAAUGAAAAUUCUCCACAACAUUCUUCUUCUGAGACCCCUUCUAUCAGUGUUACUCAAGCAUUAGAUGCCUUGACUGGAUUUGAUGACUCUACCCAGUUGGCAGUUAACAGUGUCUUUGGAGUGUUAGAGAAUAUGAUUGAUCAAUUAGAGAAGAAUAGCAACGAAGGAGAUGAUGAUGAAAUGAAGAGAAGUAAGGAUGAGGAGUCUCAAACUCUAUCACCUGGCUUGCCCACCGUCAACAAAGACAAUUACGGGAGGGUAGAGCACAGAAACAAUAAAUCAAGUGAAGGGUCAGAUGUAAGUCUGUCAUCUAAGCAUCUUGAUAGCCAUAUAAAUCAGAAAGAUACUCAGUCUAAGGAGGUUGUGGAAAAUAAAUUGGGAGAAAAUUUGGUUGCUGAUAUCCUCAAAUCAUCUGCAGAAGAUAGUAUUGGAAAAUCUGAAGUAAGUACUUUAGGAUUUAAUUCCUUAAAGAAUAACAGUGUUGGAAAAUUUGGUCCUGUACAAAAUUGUCCGUCACAUAUAGCUAUUAAACCUUACUAUUGGGGCUCACCAUUUGAAGCAUACCUGCAGAAAUAUCUUUAUUCUAAGUUCCCAAGACUAAAACCAUCUGAUUUAGAUUCAACUACUGAUUUAUUCCUUGACCCAGAAAAAGGUCAGUGGAAAAUGCUAGACCAAGCAGGAACUUUCCAUAAUAACCUGGGUGAAGGCUUGGAAAACCAAAAUAUCAGUGGGUACAAUGAAAGCCAGCAUAACUCAGUAAAACACAGUGAUACAGGCAACUCUAUUGAGACAUCAUAUGUAAUUUUGAAUUCAGAAUUUCCAGAAUUUGAACAACAAUUAACUGGAAUAUGUGAUAUGAAAGGUGGUUAUAAUGCAAAGGAAGAGGCGGCAUUCUGCUUAGUUAGGGACAGUUUACUUGAUGCUCUGAAAGUUGAAGUUGGUCGUAGAUUGAGCACUUCUAAUUUGAAGGAAAUGGAAAGGGUUCUUGUAGAUGACAUGAAACAAGUUGCUGAUGCAAUAAUCCAAGCAGUUGUUCUGGACAAUCAUUUAAAUUUGAGACUGCUUACAGAGGUUAAUCACCUAACAUUGGUAAAAUUUGGUACAAUAGAAGGAGAACGCACAGUCAAAAUAAUAUCUUCUGCAGUUGAGGAAACCAGCCAGUUGAAGAAGAUCCUUCCAGUUGGUGUAAUUGUUGGUUCACUCUUGGCAUCUUUGAGAAAGCACUUCAAAAUUGCUGCCUCACGUGAUGGUGACCAGAUCAAAGAUAUUGAGCAAGCUGGGAAUGUUCAGGAGACACUUUCAGUUAAAGAUGUUAACACCAAGAAUGAACUUCAUGAUGACGAGAAAGUUCAUGCUCACGAUGACUCAGUUAGUGGGAACCAAAAUCUUGCCAAAGUUAGUUACAAUGAUGAUGGAGUCAUGAUUGGAGCUGUUACAGCUGCCUUGGGUGCAACCGCUUUAUUAGCACACCAUCAGCAGAGGGACACCUACAGUAAUGGUCAAGCAAUGGAAGUUCCUUCGAGGGAAACUAUCGAGAAGGGCUCUCAAAAUGAGGAGCAUGAUAGGCCUGAGGUGGCAACACAUGAGAAGAUCCCAACUAAUAUAAUGUGCAACCUAGCCGAGAAGGCAAUGUCUAUUGCUGGACCUGUAGUACCUAUGAAGGAUGAUGGGGAAGUGGAUCAGGAAAGGCUGGUCACUGUUCUAGCAGAACUAGGACAAAAGGGUGGACUGUUGAGAUUAGUUGGUAAAAUUGCUUUGCUGUGGGGUGGUAUACGUGGUGCUAUGAGCUUGACCGACAGGCUUAUCUCAUUUUUGCGUAUUUCCGAGCGCCCCUUGUUGCAGAGGGUUAUCUGGUUUGGCUGCAUGACUCUUGUAUUAUGGUCUCCAGUGGUGGUCCCCCUGCUUCCGAUGCUUGUGCAGAGUUGGACAACGAGGACAUCAAAUAAAUUUGCUGAAUAUGCUUGUGUUUUAGGUCUCUAUGCUUCUAGUAUGAUCCUUGUUGUACUUUGGGGUAAAAGAAUACGAGGAUAUGACAAUCCCCUUGAACAAUAUGGACUGGAUUUCACAGCACCCAGGGCCCUUGGUUUUAUGAAAGGUUUGGUUGGAGGAAUGGCAAUUGUGAUGUCUGUACAUUCCAUAAAUGGGUUACUUGGAUAUGCAAGCCUCGCUUGCCCUUCAUUUUCCCCUUUGUUUCGGGCUGAUCCUGUAUUGUUGCUGAAAUCAUUUGUCAACAUGCUACUUAAAGGUGUUCGAGGGAUUAUAACAGCAGCUGGUAUUGCUCUUGCUGAGGAAUUGUUAUUUAGGUCAUGGCUUCUGGAAGAAGUCGCUGUUGAUCUUGGGUACUACCGUGCUAUUGUGAUAUCAGGCAUUGCUUUUUCUCUAAUUCAUGGGUCCCUCCCUUCAGUACCAGGUUUCUUGCUAUUAUCUUUGGCACUUUUUGGAAUUAAGCAAAGAUCUCAGGAUAAAAUCUAUGUCCCAAUUGGAAUACGCUCUGGGAUAAUGUUUACCAAUUUUACUUUGCAAACUGGUGGCUUAAUCAGAUACAAACUUGGAACUCCUCCUUGGUUAAUUAGUACUCAUCCUCUGCAUCCAUUUGAUGGUGUUGUUGGCCUUGGUGUAUGUGUUCUCUUGACUAUUCUCUUCUUUCCAAAGCAACCUCAGCAAAAGAUAUGUUCAAAGGAUAAUCAACAACAGAAUGGAUGAACAUGGUAACCAUAUUAAGGGGAUUUGUUGGCUACUAAUUGCAUAAAUAGAAAAGCUUGGAAGAGUAACCUGUGCAUAAACACCUUGUUACUUUGUAGAAAUGGAACAAAGGUUGGUGGAAAUGCUGAAAUCUUCUCUGAAGUUGUCACGGCAACAAAAGAAGUCUUAUGGUGUGUGGGCUGCUUGUGUAUUCACUGGAAAUGGGGCAUCAAAGUGAUUGAUAUUCUUGCUUUUGUUCUUGACAAAUAAGGCUCCCAUGUGAUAUGUUUAUGCCAGCAUAAUCAGCAGUCAAAUUUUGUGGGAAGCAGUUUCGAAAGACGAGUUACAGAUUGUAGAUGUCAAUUAUAACAUAAAUAUAUGAGAAGGUAGUGUAGAUUGCGGCACUGCCUCAAUUGCAUUUACGUUGUUACUCUCAGUAUCUAAUAACUGCCUGAUUGCACAGUUCUCUUUUGAACAGUGUCUCUGAUAGAGAAGGAUACAAGUGUUUGGUUCUACUUUAGCCUCAAAUUAGUUGUACUUGUAAGGUUGUGAAGUGCAUGUUCAAAGUGUGAAUCUAAAGAUGGACAAAGCUAUUCUAGUAUUAGCAUCCAAAAUUGUUUUUGUUGGUUGCUAAGAUACAGGGACAUGUAUUUGACUGAAGUGUAGAAAGUCAUUGUAUUGGCCAUGUGGAUAGGGUUCAGCAACAGUUGUCUAAUGAGCAUAGAAUUGUUUACAAUUAUCUCAUGGAUGUUGUGGUGCUCAUUGCAUUCAUAGUGGUAGGCUGAAGUUACAGAGCAUGCAGAGAUUUUAUGAGGGACGGAAGGUAGCAGUUUUGCUAUAUGAUUGAGGCUUCUGCUUUGGCUAUUGGUAUACUGUGAGAGUUGAUAAGAUGUUCUUUGAGGUUGAUGUAGUCGUGACUCGUCAAUCUAGGGUACAACUGGUAGGUUCUCAAAGACUAGAUGGCAAUGAAGGGGUACCUUAAUGAAUUUUCUCAUUGUUUUUCACCUAGUGAGGAUACAAGUAAUCAUCAAGUAAUCUAAUCUAAAGUUCUAAACAUGCAUUUUCAGACAUCUAGUUAGCUUCUCUACUAACAGCUAGCAAAAACUCAGACAGAUCAAUUUAUAUGUUAUUACAACCAAGUGAGUGUGCCGUUAAGCCACAGUUAUUACAGACUGAAGAAUGAGAAUAAAGCAGCCAUGACAAAGUCAAUGAUCACUUUGUGGAAGCACAUGCUGUCCUCCAUUAAUCUCACGAAGUGUGGGCUUCUAAUGCUGUUCAAGUCAGCUGCAGUGAAAAAUGAGUCGAUGCCUUUUACAAUGAAAUAGAUUGGUCAGACCAGAAUCACCUGAUGGUGAAGCAUGAAGAACCUUGAGCAAGCCUAAGUGUAUGACAAAGAGGUGGCAUUCCUUGAGCCGGAUCACGGGCGCCACCCACUCAACAGGUGGCAGCAAGUCUCAAGGAGCUAUCAGGAUGAGCAUGCUUGGCGAUCGGCGUCAUCCCAUAGGGACAGACCCAACUGGGUUCCAUCCCGGAUGGCUCAUGAGCCCCAAGCACACUGAGCAUCUGCAGUUUUGCAUUCUCGUCAAGAAGUCUAGUGGGCACAGAGGGAGCCAUCGCCGGCACAUUGGAUUCGGAGAUGGCGCUCUUCGAGCACCUUCUGUGGAUGCUGGAGUAUGCCAAUUCUCGGUUCAUUGGACAAGUUGGGUUGAGUCCAUCUUUUAGUGCUGACACAUGAGGAGGAUCAAUGUGGAACUAUCAGACAUAAAUGCAACAUAGCCAUGUUAUCCUUCUUAACGUGGUCCAAAAAUCAAUACAACGUGAUGAUUAACCUGUUCUAAUUAUCUUGAAGAGCGUGGUUGUGUGUGCCCAUGUUUAAUAAUGUUGUAUUACAAUUCUGUAUACUUUUACAAUUCUGUAUACAAUUCUCGUACCUUUUACUGUGA